AUGGCUUAUGAGUGGGGUGGAUUGAAUUGGAAUGUUGUGACAGAUGUACUGACAUUAGAUAUUGGUGAUUGUGGAUAUCCCAUGGCAUGCGGCAAUUACGACAUUUGUUCACCAAACAGACAAUGCAGUAGUCUUGAGGAAACUGCCACCAGCAACACUUCCAUGCAAAUAAAUUCUAGAAGCAAUUACUACAUUGAUGAGAAAUCAAAGUUAGAGGAUUGCAAAAAGAGUUGCUUGAAACAUUGUUCAUGCAAAGCCGCUUUGUUUGCACAUGACUGGGACUAUUCAAAAAAAGGUUGUUUAUUGCUAUCUGAAGUCUAUUCUCUUAUAAAUAAGGAGGGAGGGGAUGAUAAAGUCAUUAUAUUUCUUAAACUACAAAAAUCUCCAAUUCCUUCACCAACAAAUUCUCCUCCAAAGAAAUCAACAAACAUCAGAGUCAUAUUGGGAUCCGGUCUCGGAGCUUUCUUUGGUGUAUGUUUUAUGGUUGCUGCUUGCAUUUUCAUUUUCAAAAACAAAGGAGAAUCCGAGGGACUUGAUGAGUUCUUUAGUGAUCAAGUACUAGGGCUGCAUCCUAGACUCUCUUAUGAAGAAUUGAGAGCCAUGACAAGCAAUUUGGAUAAUAAGCUCGGGGAAGGAGGGUUUGGGUUAGUGUUUCAAGGGAUAUUAAGUAAUGGCGCCAAAGUAGCUGUGAAGUGUCUCAAUGGUUUUGGUCAAGCUAAAAAGUCAUUCUUAGUUGAAGUUGAGACAAUAGGCAACAUUCACCAUUUCAAUUUGAUCUUUCAAAGGCACCAAGAGCUCACUCUUGGGUGGCAAUCCAGAAGGAAGAUCAUCAUGGAUAUAGCCAAGGGACUAACCUAUCUCCAUGAGAAAUAUAGGCAAAAAAUAUUUCACUUGGAUAUCAAACCCCAAAACAUCCUCUUAGAUAAAUAUUUCAAUACGAAAAUUUCUAAUUUUGGAUUAUCAAAACUAAUUAAUAGAGACCAAAGCCAAGUUGCAACAAUGAUGAAGGAAACACCUGGCUAUUUGGCUCCCGAAUGGUUGAACUCAAUUAUCACUGAAAAAGUAGAUGUCUAUGGCUUUGGUGUUAUGGUCUUGGAAAUGUUGUGUGUGUGCAAAAAUUUAGAUGGAUCUCAACCUGAGAAAGAUAUGCAUUUACUAAGUCUAUUUAAAAGGAAAGCAGAGGAGAAAUGA